AUGAGAAAUUCCAAGGCCUUCGAAAUCGAUAUACAACUGGAUGGCUAUGUGUACGCUAGAACGUUAGCCGAUAGUGGAUGCCUUACAUAUGGAAUAAUAAAGGAAUCUUUUGCCUCCAAAAAUGGCCUCACCCGAUGCGCAAUAAACCCCAUUCCCAUGAGGGGAUACGAUGGAAUAAGAGAUCAGACUAUUAGUGAGAUAGUCGUGGCCUCCAUGGAUAUUGGAGGACACCGGAUUAAAAGAAUGUGCUUUUAUAUGGUACCAAGAAUGAAAUACGACGUGAUAUUAAGGAUCGAAUGGAUGAGAAGCUUGAAUGUGAUACUCGACCCUGCAAAUGAGAGAAUGACACUGCCCGAUGGCACUGAGAUUACUAAUGCAAAUAUACGAGCUGCAGCUAACCAGCACACUAACACCUACGAGAUAUCGGCCAACGGAUUAAUGACCCUACGAAGAAGACAACAACGAAACCCUGAUAAUAGAAUUAAGAUUUUUGCAGCAAGUAUAGCUGAUAUUGAUAAAGCGCUUGCACCAAAGAAGAGAACCGAGCCCCGAGAAGCCUUACCUGAUUAUUUACGAGAUUAUAUUGAUGUUUUUGACCCUGUCGAAGCUGAUAAGCUUCCCCGGCACCGCCCUAGCGCCGACCAUAUAAUUGAACUAAUAGAAAAAGAUAAGGAUAGAAAGAAACCUGAAGCCCCGUGGGGACCACUAUACAAUAUGUCGAGAGAAGAACUUCUUGUCUUACGGAAAACACUGCACGAACUACUAUCAAAAGGAUUUAUAAGAGUUAGCAAGUCACCAGCCGCAGCCCCAGUACUAUUUAUUAAGAAACCUAGAGGUGGCUUACGCUUCUGUGUCGACUAUCGAGCCUUGAACGCUAUUACUAAAAAGGACCGUUAUCCUUUACCACUAAUACAUAAGACUCUACAGCGAAUAUCGAAAGCAAAGUGGUUUACGAAGUUUGACGUGCCUGCAGCCUUUCACAAAAUCCGCAUCACUAAAGGGGAUGAGUGGUUAACUGCCUUUAGAACUCGAUUUGGCCUUUUCGAAUGGCUCGUGACCCCCUUCGGCCUAGCUAAUGCGCCAAGCACGUUCCAACGAUACAUUAACUGGACCUUACGCGACUUCCUAGACGACUUUGUAUCAGCAUACAUCGAUGAUAUCCUCAUCUUCACGGACGGAACCUUAAAAGAACAUCGCCAACACGUCCGAAAGGUACUACAACGGCUCCGUGAAGCUGGCCUCCAGGUCGACAUCGACAAAUCCGAAUUCGAAGUAAAAAGCACCAAAUACCUUGGAUUUAUAAUAGAAGCAGAGAAAGGAAUACGCAUGGACCCCGCUAAGGUGAAAGCAAUACAGGAAUGGCAGGCCCCUAUUAAUAUAAGAGAAGUCCGACAGUUCCUAGGGUUCGCCAACUUUUACCGACAGUUCAUCCGAAACUACUCUGAGAUAGUCCGACCGUUGACUAACCUCACACACCGUGGUACUCUCUUUACAUGGAAUGACCAAUCUGACAAAGCCUUUAAAGAUCUAAAAAGCCUUUUUAUCACUGAGCCUGUUCUAGUCGCCUUUGACCCUACGCGGAAAACAAAAGUGGAGACUGAUUCUUCAGGAUACGCCAAUGGAGGAACGCUUUCCCAAUAUGACAACGAAGGACGGCUCCGAACCUGCGCCUACUACUCACGGAAGCUGAACCCAGUGGAAUGUAACUAUGAGAUCCAUGAUAAAGAGCUACUUGCUAUUAUUGACUGCAUGAAGCAAUGGGAAGCUGAACUAAUGUCCCUGGACGGCUCCUUCACGGUAAUGCGCUGGCAAAUACUCCUUUCCCGAUUCCAAUAUGAACUUGUUUAUCGCCCAGGCGCACAAGCCUUCCGACCUGACGCCCUCUCCCGAAGACCACAGGAUAUGCCACAGGACUAUAAUAAUGACCGUCUUACUUAUCGAGACCGGAUCCUUAUACCACUAAAUAUACAAGCCUGCCCUGUUGAGGUUCUGAGAGAAGCUAUCCCAAAGCUAGAUACCCUCUGGCAACAAGCAGAGGCACAGGAUAAGAUAUAUAACCGCAUACGCCGUGCUGUAUCUAAUAAGCUACGAACAUUCCCUAGAGAACUAGGCCUUAAAGUUACUAUAUCCGAUUGCAAGACCGACGAACAAGGACGGCUUUACCAUCGAGGCCGGCGAUGGGUCCCUGAAUAUGAGCCGCUACGAACUAAGAUCAUACAGCAAAGCCACGACUUACUACUCUCAGGACACCCAGGACACAACGGGACAAGCGCCAUAGUAGGACGAGCAUUCUUCUGGCCUCAUAUACACCAGGAUAUCCGACGGUUCACGAGUAACUGCGACAAAUGUGGCGCGAACACCAUCUGGAGAGAACGGCGACAAGGAUUAUUAAAGCCACUACCAAUCCCUGAAAGGAAAUGGCGUCAAAUAAGCACUGACUUUAUCGACAAGCUCCCUGAAUGUGGUGGAUAUACGAACCUUAUGGUUAUCGUGGAUCGGCUCUGUAAAGGUGUUAUCUUAAUCCCCUUAAAAAACCUCUCCGCUGAAACGGUAGCCCGGAAAUUCAUCAAGUACUUCAUAUCGCGCCAUGGGUUCCCAAACGGCAUCAUCUCUACUGGGUUAAUUGUCGAACGGAUCCCGUCGGGAUCUGUCGGAUUGGCGGGUUUACUCCCGGCUAACCCUGAAUGUAUUUUACAAGUAUAUGAAAGGAAGAAGUGA